CCCAAAGUUGUCUACUACAGACAUCCAGCGGAGGAUACGAAACCGCAGAGAAAUUCUAGGAUUCCGGAGAUGGAGUAGAGACGUGCACCAGCCGGUCUUU